CUGUGAGUGAAGCGGACAGAAAGAAGACAGACACCUUCAAGACAACAAGAUAGGCAAGCAGGCCAGAUAGACAACAAUCAAGAUGAUGAUGAUGAUGAAGAAGCCCAUCAUUCUGGUGACCUGUAUCUUGCUUUUCUCAUCUCUCACCAUUGUGGCAUCUGAAAACAGCUCUGGUCCAGAUGACUGCUGUUUUCAGUUUUACCCCAAAAGGUUGCCUAUAAGGAGGGUGGUGAGCUACAAAUACACAGACCCGCGGUGUUCAAAGAAAGCUGUGAUUUUUACGAUGAUCAGUGGUGCUGAACUCUGUACCAACCCGUCUGAGCCGUGGGUCCAGAAUAUCAUCACCGCCAAAGAGUGGGACCAUACCAACACAGCUCUGGGUGUAAAAUCUAACUGACCCAACGUGUGUUUUAACACCACACUUUAAAGCUCGCUGAGCCAAGCAGAAGGGGUGGUGUAGUGGUAACCUGCAAUCUAUCUUCAGCUUUCUCUACUUUUAUACAGAAUAUUUUUCUAUUAGCUUAAAAAUAAAUGCAAAAUAACUUUU